CUUUCAGACCAGCCGGACGUAAUUCCAGUUACACUAUCCGUUUGCUUGUUUCUUAACGGAAGCUACCUAAAGAGGGAUAGUUUGUGCAUUUUAAAAUUAAAUUUAACUUUUGAGGGAUUCGCCCUUCAACUUCAGGAUGUCUCGGGGCUCCAUAGAGAUCCCGUUACGGGACACAGAUGAGGUCAUCGAGCUCGAUUUCGAUCAGUUGCCAGAGGGAGACGAGGUCAUCAGUAUCUUGAAGCAGGAACAUACGCAGCUGCACAUCUGGAUCGCUUUGGCGUUGGAGUACUACAAGCAGGGUAAAACAGAGGACUUUGUCAAGCUUUUGGAAGCAGCGCGUAUCGAUGGAAACCUCGACUACAGAGACCACGAGAAGGACCAGAUGACGUGUCUGGAUACGCUGGCAGCUUACUAUGUUCAGCAAGCUCGUAAAGAGAAAAACAAAGAUGCCAAGAAAGAGCUCAUCACACAGGCCACCCUGCUUUAUACCAUGGCAGACAAGAUUAUCAUGUAUGACCAGAACCAUUUGUUGGGGCGAGCCUGUUUCUGCCUGCUGGAGGGAGACAAAAUGGACCAGGCUGAUGCUCAGUUUCACUUUGUACUCAACCAGUCCACCAAUAACAUUCCCGCUUUGCUUGGUAAGGCCUGCAUCUCCUUCAACAAAAAAGAUUACAAAGGAGCACUGGCGUACUACAAAAAGGCUUUACGUACGAACCCCGGCUGUCCAGCGGAGGUGAGGCUGGGGAUGGGCCACUGUUUUGUCAAGCUCAACAAACUGGAGAAGGCCCGCCUGGCUUUCGGUCGAGCCCUGGAGCUUAACUCCAAGUGUGUGGGAGCGUUGGUGGGUCUGGCGGUUUUAGAGCUCAACAACAAAGAGGCGGACUCCAUCAAGAACGGAGUUCAGCUCCUGUCGCGGGCUUACACCAUCGACCCCAGCAACCCCAUGGUGCUUAACCACCUGGCCAACCACUUCUUCUUCAAAAAGGACUACAGUAAAGUGCAGCAUCUGGCCCUGCACGCUUUUCACAACACGGAGGUCGAAGCCAUGCAGGCUGAGAGCUGCUAUCAGUUAGCGCGCUCGUUUCACGUUCAGGAGGACUAUGACCAGGCGUUUCAGUAUUAUUACCAGGCCACUCAGUUUGCCUCAUCCACCUUUGUGCUGCCCUUCUUCGGUUUGGGACAAAUGUAUGUGUAUCGUAGAGACAAGGAAAAUGCAGCACAGUGCUUUGAGAAGGUUUUAAAGGCCUACCCCAACAAUUAUGAAACCAUGAAAAUCCUGGGUUCCCUCUAUGCGGCAUCUGACGAUCAGGAGAAGAGAGACAUCGCAAAAGGUCACUUGAAGAAGGUGACAGAGCAGUAUCCAGAUGAUGUGGAAGCAUGGAUUGAACUGGCUCAGAUCUUGGAGCAGACGGACAUCCAAGGUGCGCUGUCGGCGUACGGCACAGCCACUCGCAUCCUGCAGGAGAAGGUGCAGGCGGACGUCCCCCCAGAGAUCCUCAACAACCUGGGGGCUCUGCACUUCAGACUGGGAAACUUAGGGGAAGCGAAGAAAUAUUUUCUUGCUUCCCUGGAUCGAGCCAAAGCUGAGGGAGAGCACGACGAGCAUUAUUACAACGCUAUUUCUGUCACCACCUCCUACAAUCUGGCACGUUUGUAUGAAGCUAUGUGUGAAUUCCACGAGGCUGAAAAACUCUACAAAAACAUCCUCAGAGAACAUCCCAACUAUGUCGACUGUUAUUUGCGCCUCGGAGCGAUGGCUCGUGACAAAGGGAACUUCUACGAAGCUUCUGAUUGGUUCAAAGAAGCGCUGCAGAUCAAUCAGGAUCACCCAGAUGCCUGGUCUCUGAUCGGAAACCUUCACUUAGCCAAACAGGAAUGGGGGCCGGGUCAAAAGAAGUUUGAGCGUAUUCUGAAACAGCCGUCCACUCAGAAUGACACGUACUCCAUGUUGGCUCUGGGUAACGUGUGGCUGCAGACGCUGCAUCAGCCCACCAGAGACCGUGAAAAGGAAAAGAGACAUCAGGACCGAGCGCUGGCAAUUUACAAACAAGUUCUGCGAAACGAUGCCAAGAACCUCUAUGCAGCCAACGGCAUUGGUGCCGUGCUCGCCCAUAAAGGUUAUUUCCGAGAGUCGCGGGACGUGUUUGCUCAGGUGAGGGAAGCCACGGCAGAAAUCAGCGACGUCUGGCUCAACCUGGCUCACAUCUACGUGGAACAGAAGCAAUACAUCAGCGCCGUGCAGAUGUACGAAAACUGUCUGAAGAAAUUCUACAAAUAUCAAAACACCGAGGUGCUGCUGUAUCUAGCGAGAGCGCUCUUCAAAUGCGGGAAGCUCCAAGAGUGCAAACAGAUGCUGCUGAAGGCUCGGCACGUGGCGCCCAGCGACACGGUGCUGAUGUUCAACGUGGCCCUGGUGCUGCAGAGACUGGCCACUCUAGUGCUGAAAGACGAGAAGAGCAACUUGAAGGCUGUGCUGAGCGCCGUCAAAGAGCUGGAGCUGGCUCACAGAUAUUUCAGCUACCUCAGCAAAGCUGGAGACAAGAUGAGGUUUGAUCUCGCUCUUGCUGCAUCAGAGGCCAGGCAGUGCUCCGACCUUCUGAGCCAGGCUCAGUACCACGUUGCUAGAGCCAGAAAACAGGACGAAGAGGAGAAGGAGCUUCGUGCCAAACAAGAGCAGGAGAGGGAUCUGCUGCGCCAGCAGCUGUUAAAAGAACAAGAAGAAAAGCAAAAGCGAGAGGUGGAGGAGCAGAAGAAGCUCCUGGAGCAGAGAGCUUUGUUCGUGGAGAAGACGAAGAACCUGCUCACCUUUGCAGAAGGGCUCAAAGAGGCUUCCAAGGAGAAGAAGAAGGGAGGUGGAGGACGUCGUAAGAAAGGGGGCGACACGGACGACUUUGUUAACGAUGAUUCCGAUGAGGACCUACCACUGAAAAAGAAGAAGAAGAGAAAGGGCAGCAGCAGUGAGCAUGAUGAUGACGAGGAUGGAGAGAAGAAAAAGAAGAGGAGGAGACCCACUAAAGGAGGAGACGACAGCGAUGAUGAGGGAGCAUCUCGACCGAAGAAGCAGCGUAAACUUAAAGAAGGACGCAAAAGAGCAGAAAAGCCUCAGCCUGAGCGAAUGCCGCCAUCUCUUAAAGGAAAGAUCAAAUCCAAGGCGAUCAUCUCAUCUUCUGAAUCCUCAUCAGAUGAGGAUGGACUGAAAAUAGCUGAAGACAGACAAAGGGACAGUGGCUCGGGAUCUGACGAAGAGGGUGGCCACAGGAAGCGUAUCGCAUCUGACAGCGACUCUGAUGGAGGAAAGAAAAGCUCCGGCAGCGAAGCUGGCAGCCCUCGGCGCCCUGCUGGCUCGGAGGAUGAUGAGUCGGGCAGCGAUCGCCCCGUGAAAAAGAGGAAAGUGCAGUCCGACUCGGAACAGUCCAACAACGAGAGCAAGAGGAGUCAGUCAGGAUCAGAUGAUGAUUCCAGGCCUGCUUCCCCGGUCGUCGCAUCAGACAGAGGAUCUGAGGCUGGGUCUGACACCGGGGGCUCCCCACGCCGCUCUGACAACGGAUCAGAACAGGAGGGGUCUAACAAUGAGGACGACAGCGAGUAAAUAAAUCAUUGAGCAGUUUAAUUCUGAAUGCUCAACUCAUGGAUUCUUUAGUCUAAAGUCUCUUCUACAGAUUUAGGCUAGUUUAGCACCAUUUCCAUCCUACUGGUGUUGGCUUUAAAAAAAAAAGGUUCAGAUUUCACCAACAGAUGUACAAAAAUCUUACAUGGUUUCAUGGAUUUUGUGCAGGAUGUCUGGUAAUCCAAAACAAACUUCAUGUAAAUAAACCUCCAAUAAAGCUAAGUUUGAAGAAA